AUGAAUGCAGCUCCUACAAUGUCACGGAGGUCUUGGAUUGAAGACACCUUCUGCAAGAGAGCUUGUGGUAAAUUCAUCCCAGCAUGCCGAGACCUACACAGAUGUUUUCCAAUGUGUCAAGUAUGCCAAAACCUAAUAAGAUGCUGCUGUGGACGUCUGGUAGGGGAGCACACCUGGCUGGAGACUGGCCCCUCCAUGUCCAGCUGGCCUGGGCCUGGGGCAGGGCAGGAAGAGGAGUGGUCAGUGGAGUGCCACACACAAGCCAGUGCCACCGAUGCCUACGGAACCAUUGACUUCCAGGACAGUGCUGGACGUAACUGCCAUGCCAAGUACGUUCGUGUUGCGGUCGAUUCCAAGCCUGAGGCUCUGCUGCAGCUGAUGCGGAGUGAGUGGCAGAUGGAACGUCCUAAACUACUGUUGACGGUUCAUGGGGGGGCAGAGAACUUCCCCCUCCCCCUCAAGGUUAGACAGGCCUUCAGCAAAGGCCUGAUCACCGCAGCCCAGAGCACUGGAGCCUGGAUACUCACAGACGGCAUCAACACAGGUGUGUCCCGGUACGUAGGGGAGGCUGUGAAAACAUAUGGCACCCAUGACCUCAGGAAGAGGAACGCUGUAGGGGUCACGCCCUGGGGCGUAAUUGACAACCACAGUGACCUUAUAGGGAGAGAUGUGCUCAGGCCUUACCAGCCUCUGGGAAACCCCUUGAGUAAGAGGGUGUGUCUGAACGGCCUGCACUCCCACUUCCUGUUAGUGGACGAUGGAACUCUGGGAAAACAUGGCUGCCAGCUGGGACUGAGGAGGAAGCUGGAGAGACACAUUCAACUGCAGAAGAUCCACCCUAGGCUUAACCAGGGUGUGCCAGUGGUGUGUGUGGUGGUGGAGGGUGGCCCUGACAUUGUGUCCAUGGUGCUAGAGUACGUGAGCAGUGUGCCCCCCGUGCCUGUGUUUGUCUUCGAGGGAUCAGGUCGGGCGGCUGACUUGCUGGCAUUCUUACACAAACAGACUGCUAUGGACAGGGUGCUGGACACAGACAUCAAGGAGGACUUCCUGCUGAGGAUAGGGGGCAUGUUUGGUCUGGAGAGAGCAGACGCCAGCCAGCUCUACAACCUUCUGAUGGAGAGUAUGGACUACAGACAGUCUAUCACAAUCUUCGACUCUGAGGAUCAACAGGAGGCAGACUGCGCCAUUUUGACGGCCACACUGAAAGGCACCAAGGCGUCUCCUGCGGAGCAGCUCAGUACAGCUUUGGCGUGGGACCGAGCGGAUAUAGCUAAAAAACACAUCCUGGUGUAUGGCCAGCACUGGCAGGUAGGCUCGUUGGAGCAGGCCAUGCUGGAUGCUCUGGUCAUGGACCGGGUCGGCUUUGUCAAACUCCUGAUCGACAACGGUAUGACAAUGAACCGCUUCCUGACCGUGUCACGCCUGGAAGAACUCUAUAACACGCAGCAGGGACCAACAGACAAUUUCCUCCAUCACCUCGUGGAAGAUGUGAAACAGACCCAUAUAUCCAAAGGAUACAGAGUCUCCCUCAUAGACAUGGGGCAGGUGAUUGAGUACCUGAUAGGAGGAGCCUAUCGGAGCACAUACACACGGAAACACUUCCGGGCCUACUAUAACCGCCUACAUGCCCAUUGCAAGGAGACUGGACGGGAUAGUUCAGGACCCCUUAACAAAAAGAGGAGGGCAGACUGCACCCUCCACCCGCACCAAAGCACUGACAGCAGUCCAUCACGGCCACCCUUCUUCCGCACUGCUCAGCCCUAUAAACGCAAGGAAAGAUCCAUGGUGCUCAGGGACCUGAAGGUGGGCCAGCAGCAGAGCUCCGAGCUGGGCGAGUCUCCUCUGUUUGUUUACAGCUUCAAUGACCUGUUUGUGUGGGCCGUGCUGCAGAGGCGGCAGCAGAUGGCGCUGUUUCUGUGGCAGCACGGGGAGGAGGCCAUGGCCCGGGCUACAGUUGCCUGUAAGCUGUAUGGUGCCAUGGCCUACGAGUUUCGGCAGAGCAACAUGGAUGACACCACGGCGGAGCAGCUCAAAACCUACUCUAUGGACUUUGGUCAGCUGGCGGUGGAUGUGCUGGACCGUGCCUUCAGACAGAACGAGCGCAUGGCCAUGAAGCUGCUGACUUCGGAGAUGGAGGACUGGAGCCACUUCACCUGCCUGCAGAUGGCUGUGUCCUCCCGGCUCCGCCCCUUUGUCUCCCACUCCUGCACCCAGAUGCUGCUCACCGACCUGUGGACCGGCCGCCUCAACAUGAGGAAGAACUCCUGGUUCAAGAUCAUCCUGAGCAUCCUCAUGCCCCCUGCCAUCCUGCUAUUGGAGUUUAAGAGCCAGGCAGAGAUGUCCCAUGUGCCCCAGUCCCAGGAGGCUUUGCAGUUUGGUUGGGACACGGGAAGACCAGAGGCAGCCCAGGAGGAGGGGCAUACGGAUGGCCAGGAUGCGGAGAAGGGAUCAGCAUGGUGGGAGAGUUGCUCAGACCCCGAAGCUGACACAAUCACACCCGUUACCACCCAGUGUUUCUUCUGGACCAGGAGGCUGUACGAUUUCUACACCGCUCCUGUCGUCAAGUUCUGGUUCCACACGAUGUCCUACCUGGCCUUUCUCAUGCUGUUCUCCUACACUGUUCUGGUAAAGAUGGAGGACCGGCCCAGCACUCAGGAGUGGCUGGUCAUUGCCUAUAUUAUAUCCACCGCUGUGGAGAAAACAAGAGAGGUGUUCAUGUCGGAGCCGAGGAAUCCCAGUCAAAAGCUGAAGGUGUGGUUUGGAGAAUACUGGAAUGUGUCUGACUUCCUAGCUAUCCUCCUCUUCCUGGUGGGGCUGGUGCUACGUUGGGACAGCGGGUUCUACCGGACUGCCGGGCGGAUUACCUACUGUCUGGACAUCAUCUUCUGGUAUGUUCGGGUGCUGGACCUGCUGGCGGUCAACCAGCAUGCCGGAGCCUACCUCACCAUGAUCACCAAGAUGACCAGUAACAUGUUCUACAUUGUGGUGAUGAUGGCGAUCGUGCUGCUGAGUUUCGGCGUGUCCAGGAAAGCCAUCUUGUCUCCAGACGAAGCUCUAUCAUGGAGCCUGCUCAGAGAUGUGGUCAACCAGCCGUACUGGAUGAUUUUUGGAGAAGUGUACGCAGGGGAAAUAGACGCCUGUGCAGGUGACACGCCGUGUGUCCCCGGGGCCUUCCUCACCCCGUUCCUCCAGGCUGUCUACCUCUUCUUCCAGUACAUCAUCAUGGUCAACAUCCUUAUUGCCUUCUUCAACAAUGUCUACAUUGACAUGAAGUCCAUAUCCAAUAAGCUGUGGAAGUACAACCGCUACCGCUACAUUAUGACCUAUCAGGAGAAGCCGUGGUUGCCCCCGCCCCUCAUUAUCCUGAGUCACAUGAACCUGUGUGUGAACGCCAUUUACCGGAAACACAGAGGCUCGUCCGAGCAGGAGAGGGACUCCUGUGGGCUUAAGCUUUAUCUGGGCCAAGAGGACCUGAAGAGGCUGCAUGAGUUUGAGGAGAGGUGUUUGGUGUCGUAUUUCCAUGAGAAAAACCAAGAUGUUCUCUGCAGCCAGAUCAACAUGGUCCGAGCCACUGCAGAAAGGGCUGAGGAGAUGGUUGUGGUUAUGGGAGAGGUGUCGGACAGGGUCCACUUCAUCCAGGACACCCUGCAGGUGCUGGACAGCCAGCUGGGUCAGCUGCAGGACCUGUCCGCCCUGGCCGUGGACACCCUCACCCUCCUGUCGGCCUCCGACAGCCUGCAGCAGGAGGAGGCCCGCCUGGGCCGCUGUCGGCCAAUCACCCCCUCCCAUCACCAUGUCCCCCACAGCUGGACCCUCCCCCACGGAGGUGGAGGCAGUGUUGACAUCAUGCCCUGCCACACCCCCAGGGCCUACCGCAGCACCCCACCCUCCCUGCUGUGGGGCCACACCUCCUCCCGCAGCCAACGCCCGUCACUGGAGUGGCACACGGGGGCCUGGGGGGGCGGCAACCAUGGAGGGCGGGGGGCUGGCGAGACGGAGGAUGAGGAGGUACAUGGUGUCAUGGUGCAUCACAGUGGCGAAGUCUGGCCAGUGGGUUACCGCUUCGCCCCCCAUGGCUUCCUCCCUCACCUGGGCGGUGCAGGGCUCAGGGACAGGACCCCCUGUGAGUCGUGCGUGCCUUCCCGCUGUGGCUCUCCCCCGUACCCUUCGGCCUGGGCUAUAGACAGUUCUCUGGAACCCCCACACGGCAAACCCAGGGUCUGCUGCGACCCUGAGAUGUCCAUGGAAGAGGAACGGGAGGAGGUUGGGCAGCCCUUUGAUGUGAAUGUGUCCAGGACCUCUAGUCAUGCCUUUCUGUUGUCGGACCCACAGGAUGAGAGAGGCUGUGGUUCCAGGGGUUUGGUGAACCCCGCCUUCUGUAAGGACGAUGACCCUGGGGCAGCUCGCUCCAGACGGGGCCAGUGGGGCAGGAAGCGUCCUCACCGGUGGGUGGGUCUGUCCAGGGACCGGCCCUACAGUCACAGCCGCUCUCUCUCCUCUAGCAUGGAGAACAUGGCUCUCUCUGGUGUCCCCCUGAGCCCGCUACGAGCCUCCUUCCCCGCCCUCGAUUGCCUGUCAGAGGGGGGAAGCUUCACAGCUGACAGACCCCUUGGCUGCAGUAAAAGCAGAGAGUGGUCCGAAUGGUUUGACCUGGCAGUGACCUCAGGGAGCAGAGAGAGGUGUCAGGGCAGGAAGACAGUCAAGAUCCUGGAGGAGAGUUCUUCAGACACUGUGAAAGAGGUGGACUCAUACCUCUCUGACGUGUGCAGGAAGAGGAGGCGCAGGGGAGGAGAGCCUGUGUGCUGGUCUGCCUCUGCCAGCCUAAACCCGCUCAAUUCUGAACCCAUGGAUUCGUUGCAGAAAGUAUCUUUUUCACGUCAGGACUCCAGUCAGUCCGUGUGGACCAGCUGGGCCUGCUCUGUCAGCUGCAGGUCCUCAGUGCGGAGUGGGAUCGCACCUGAAGCAAAGUCCUCUACAUUUCAAUCCACAGAAGACCUGGACCCACACUACUCAGCCAUGGAAAGGAACAACCUGAUGAGGCUUGCUCACACCAUACCUUUCACACCUGUCUCCAUAAUGGCGGGAGAGGAGGUGAGUGUCUACUCCCUGGAAGAGGUGGAAGCUGCAGGCCCGGAGUUCUCCGUAUCCUCCUGGUCAUCGCGGGGGCUGUCUGCGUUGCUGCAGCCACUGUCCAGCGAGGGCUGUCUGGAUGGUGGGCUGCGCAGGGCCACGCGUGUACUUUGCACCUGGGCCGAGAGGGACGUCCUGAGGGUGGGCUGCGUGUAUGUGGUCAAAGCCACCAGGCCCGAGGUGGUCCGCACCUGGCAGAGGGUCUUCCACAGCGACACCCCCCUCCAGCUCUGUCUGCGGGAGAUACAGCAACAGAGAGCUGCUCAGAAUCUCAUGCAUGUGUUCAAUCAAGUAAAACCAGAAAACAUGCCUCAUUCUCCCAGGUUCCUGGACGUGUCUCUUCUUCACUGGCACUCAGACGGCCAGUGGUUGACCAUAGAGAGGAACAUGACCGGAGACUUCAGGAAGUACAAUAAUAACACAGGAGAAGAGAUCGCCCCCUGCUGUGGGAUGGAGGAAGCGCUCCUGGCCUUCUCCCACUGGACCUACCAAUACUCCUGCAGGGAACUGCUGGUGCUGGACGUACAGGGAGUGGGAUCGGAGCUUACAGACCCAUCGGUCAUCCGACCAGACGACAAAAGCUCAUGCGGUGACAUGGUGUUUGGUCCUACUAACCUGGGAGACGCUGCCAUCCAGAGCUUUGUCAUCAAGCACACCUGCAACUCCUGCUGCGAGAACCUCGGACUCUCAGAUUUGAGGAGGAGCACGGACAGCCACGAGAAAACAGAACACAGAUCUUUUGAAAAGGAGAGUGGAUUGAUCAUGACUAGGAUGUAACAUCUGACCCAGAAGCAGAAGUACGCCAUCCUAACCUCUGGUUCAGGUGGGAAGUUUCCCUUAAAGCAUAGACACUGAUUUAAUGUCAGUUUUAUGUUUUCCUGACCAAAUGGUUAUGGUUAGGAUAUGGGGAAGCUAAGCGGAUCCAGAGGUGUGCUUAAGGGCAACUUCUACCAGGAAUUAAAGCACUCACUUGGGGGUUUGAAGGGAUAAUGUACAUUAUGUAGCUUUAUGUGGACUACCUCUUGUGUUAGAUGGCUGGUAGGGCUUUGGUUGUAACAGCGGUUUACAUUGCACUAGUCUCAGCAGCAAGCCAGAUGCCGUAGUCUUGCAUUCAUUCCACCUAUGGAGUCUGUUGUACCACAGGUAACCUAUUAAUUUUACAUUUAACAUUUUAGUCAUUUAGCAGACGCUCUUAUCCAGAGCGACUUACAGUUAGUGAGUGCAUACAUUU